CCAAGCAACAGUGUUAUGGCGGUGGCGGACGAUCCAUUGGCACUCCUCUUCUACUUCAUGCCGCCAAAGCUGUUGAUCCAGAUUGCGACUGAGAGCAACUGCUACCACAAACAGUCGAUACCGCUUCGAUCGAGAUCGAUACGCUCGCAGCAACGGCGGAACGGUGGCGACAUCGAAGGUCUGAGUGAGAUACCACGCCGGCUUGCUGAAGUGCCUCCAAUUAUGCCCCAUGAGGUGCUACGCGUUGUUGGCCUCCUGAUCGCGCGGAUGCUGGUGCCCAUCCGCAAGGGUAUUGCCGCACAUUGGUCGACGAAGCAAGUUGGUGCUCUCCCUACAAACCGGUUCCACCUGUUCAUGAAGAAGAACCGGUUCUUCCACAUCAUGAGCUACCUUCACUUCUCAAACAACAAGUCACCCAAGGCCAGCGUUGGCCGGGCGUGGAAGAUCAGACCAGUCGUGGAUGUGUUACAGCGGACAUUCGCGCGCGGGUACCGGGCA